AUGAGUAACUUCCUCAAUCGGCUCCAGGAGAGACGAGACUGGAUCUUCUGGUUCCUGAGCGAUCCUUCGGAAUCCACAUUCUUGCAAAUAUUCUUCAGACGGUUCAAAGAGCAGCUCGCGCUGGUUUUCGUUCGUCUCAAUAUCAAUGGCCGCUUCCUUUUUCUCCGGGAGACUUUCUGCAAAGACAACAGCGAUGAGCGAGCGUACAGCGCGGGAGGGAUCCGUCUGGAAUGCGUUGCCCCAAUGAGAAGAUGGCGACUCGCUGUGAAUGCCAUGAUGGAAGACCUCGACGGCGUGAAAAUCCAUGUUCGGAUAGGCGUCCAAGUCGCCAUGGUCGGCCACACUUUUGAGUUGCCGAAGCAGGUCAAACCUUCUUUCCUGGCGCGAAGAUACGAGAGUGAGGGUGACGAGAGAGCUAAAGAGAAGAUUUCGAGAUGCUGUAGCGGAUGCCAAGCAAUUUCUCAACCAGUCUCAGUCUUCACCGAGAUCAUUACGGAUGGACAAAGAAACGAGCUGAUGCUCUUCGGCUCUCGCUUGAAGUGUUUCGGGAAUUCGGAUCUCCUGGAGGAUGUCCCAAUUUAUUUCGGCUACGCUGAGAACGGAACGACCUUGACAGCUAUAAACGUGCAAUCAAAGGCGUAUGGAUAUUGUUGCGACCCCGUGAAAUUCGUACAAUCGAUUCGGAAAACCAAGUGCAGUCUCGAUAAACGGGACGGUCCUGACCGCGAUGUGAAGCUCCGUUUUCAAGUUGGUGAUACCAAACAUAAGCUCCUGCCCGAUUUCGAUUGGAACGGUGGAUGGACCGAAAGUUCCGGGAAGGAUCAUACCUCCAAAUACGACGGCGCGGGACGCCUCACAACGGGGGGCAAGGAUUUCAAGUUGCAGAGCGCACUACUUCAAUUAUUCGAGAAAAAUAUCCGUCCUGUCGGAAAACUGCAGCUCUGCCGACUGCUCCAGUUUCCAACGCAAGAUAGCGACUUUCUGGUUCUAAGCGUUUCCGAACCGUCAUGCAAGAAUCCAAAACUCACAGGGGGUAAAGGCGCCUCGCUGGCGGUGCUCACUGAGCUCUCCAAUCACUUCAGAACGUUCAAGGUACCGUCGGCUGUGGUCUUGACAGUCAAGGCGUACGCUGUUUUCGCUGAAACGCCGGUAGUAUCCCGGGCUAUUGAGAACUUCCUGAUCGCGAGCAAAACUGCCGGGAUGGCCGACUUGAAAGUGGCGUCGGAUAAAUGCGUCUCCGCCAUAUCGAAUGCUGAUCUACCGGAUCUGAUCCGGGAAUCGCUCAAUGAGAAACUCUGUGGAGUCUUCGGCGAACUCUGGAAAUUGAGAAAGUUUGCGGUGCGCUCUUCUGCCGUUGGUGAAGACUCCGAGGAAAUGUCGGCAGCCGGACAGAUGACCACAUAUUUGGGGGUGCAAGGGGAAGAAGAGGUGUUCUCUGCAGUGGUCAAAUGCUGGGCGUCGCAAUUCGCUCUCACGGCCGUCAAUUAUAAACGCCAGUACGGCCAAGACUUAGAGAGUCAGAUGGCGGUCGUUGUGCAGGAAAUGGUCAGCGCCGACAGUGCCGGGGUUAUGUUCACCUGCGAUCCAGUGACAUCGAAUCCGACAGGGAUUUCCAUCACCGCGAAUUUCGGCCUGGGAGAAUCGGUGGUUUCCGCCACAGCUGAUCCCGACACGUUCUCUUUCCGCCGAGACGGAGCGGAAGUCUUCUUGAUCGCAAAAUCGCGUGGUGUCAAAGAUCGCAUGGUGGUAGAAUCGGAAUCUGGGAGUGGCACGAUAGAAACGAUCGUUGAUUUGGAGAAGGCGAAGAGGUUCUGCUUAUCGAACAUUCGCGCGAUUCAAAUCGCAUCGAUCGGAGCUUUGUUGACGGAUGUAUACGAUUCACCCCGAGACAUCGAAUGGGCCGUCGUUCACGGGAAAGUAUACCUGCUACAAUCUCGGCCGGUGACGUCAUUUCUUCGCGAGAGUGACUUUGAAAUUCGGCAUGAUUUCAAUUCCGGGCUCUAUACCAAUCGAGAGAUUCUGAGCCGCGCAAACCUCGACGAAGUCAUGCCUGGUGCAUUCUCCACGCUGGGGAUCUCCGUGUGCAAUCACCUAGUGUUCGAGCUUUUCGGGAAGCAAAAUGCGCAGUGGUCUAUGAAUGAUCCGAGCCAGUACGUCUUCUUCCAAGAUGCCUGUAUCGGGAAGAAAACCUACAUGAACUUUUCCCAGAGUGGCUUCGCCGGGAAUGAGAACAUUAUGAAGAUGAUGGAGGUGACUAUGUUCGGGUACGACGUGUCCGCCCACGAUGCCUUGAAGGAUGGUAUCGUCCACCCGACAAAGAAACCCAAAGGUCUGGGUGCGGUCGUGGCGAUGCUCUCUGCACUCCGCGAUCCCGUGGCCCUCGCGAAGAGAAUGCACUCAGAGGCCGAACUUUUCCGCGUGAACUUGCCGGAGGAAGGUGAUGCCCUUUCUCUGUUCUUGAGAGUUCUUCGCCAUGUGCCUUCUUUGGUCCACUUCAUGGGGGGACUCAUGGAGGCAUCCAUGCCGGCCGGUUUCUACAAUGUCGUCACGAUGAACAUUCUGAAAAGCAGUCAACAUUUGGAUGAUUUCUCGCCAGAGCUCAUGCUCUUGGUAUCCAAACUCCUUCGCUCGGAUCUGGAAGUCGAGAGCGCUCAGAUCCCGAAAGAGCUCACGAGCCUUUCCAACCUGCUCCGAGAGGAUCGGCAUUUCGAAGCUUUCAUCGAAAUGACGCCCGAAGAUGCACUGAAGUGGCUUGAAGAAGAUGGAGGAGCAGCUGCGACAGAGUUCCGGGCGUUCCGUGCAAGGAACGCCCAUCGAUCCUACAAGGAAUUCGACCUCUACUCGAAAACUUGGGGCAUAGACCCACUACCCUUGGUCAGAACACUGCAGUCUUCGGCUCGAGCCCCCGAGACGAAUAACUCUAGGAAGGACGGCGAUUCAAUGACAGUUGAUCAGCUUCCUCUGCGACCGAGCUUACUGCAGAGAGCGCUUCUGAAGUUUCUCAUCCCAAGGACGCAGAGAGCCGUCUACGCACGGGAGGCGACUAAAUCAGCUUUGAUCAAGAGCUACCACGCGCUUCGUCUCGCGAUGCGCAAAGUGGGUCAACAAUUGCAGGCCGAAGGGAAGAUUCCAGACCCGGAAUUGAUUUUUUUCCUCAGCUGUGACGAGAUCUAUCGUCUCAUUACGACUCGGGAUCCGUCUUUGAUACCCAGAGCCUUGCGGAGACGGAAGAUGCAUUCCCUGCUGGAUCAGGAACGUUAUCCAGUAUUGAUCUUGGGGAUGCCAAAACCGAUCGAUGCGUCGACGAUUACGAUAGAUCCGAACGCCCAGAAAAUAGAGGGCAUCCCAGUGAGUGAAGGAAUAGUUGUGGGUCCAGCCCGCGUCAUCCUCGACUUCACCACAGAGGCUCACUUGAUCAAGAAAGGCGAGAUCCUGGUCACAAGGGCAACCGACACAGGUUGGACACCGUAUUUUCCGCUUCUCGGCGGCGUGGUCACCGAAGUCGGAGGUCUCCUGUCACACGGCGCUGUGGUUGCGAGGGAGUAUGGCCUACCAGCGAUCGUUGGUGUUGCUGGUGUGACCAGUUUCGUGAAAUCUGGUGAUUCGGUCACUCUCGACGGUCAUAAGGGUAUCCUUCAGAAGAAUGUUUCAUCCGAGGAGGAACGAACUGGGAGCGCCGAGCCGUUUCCCGCAGCGGAUAUCGACGCGAACCUGACGGCGGGAGACGAUGGAACCGAUAAUGUUGCGCUCGAACAGCCCGCGGGAUCCGGAAAGGAGCAGGAGUCAUCCAAAGAUCUGUCCACAACGCUCCGGAGCGCUCUCGAACGAGAGGACGACGACGGAACUGGUUAUGAUUUCGAAGACACAGCACAUCUGAUAUCUGCUAAAGCCUGAGCCGUGCUAGCCUGCAGCUCCGAUCCUACGAAUAACUUUCUCAAUAAAAAUCCGGAAAUACUCGACGAGCGGAGAAUACCCACGCUUCGCGCAACUUGUCGGCGGAACUCCCGCGUGUCCGCGUGAAGACAAAUGAGCGAGGGGGAAUCUCCUUCCGUUAGCAGGUGAUCUCGUGUAGCGUGGUCAUGUCUACGCUCUUCGUGGACGGCCUCCGCUCUGUGGAGGAAAAUCUUA